AUGGCAGAUUGGAAGCCUCCAUCACUGCCGGCUUCAGACAUACUGAAAACAUUCACUUAUCACCAUAGCCCGCCAAUUAAGGAGCCUGUUGUACUAGGUGUCGACGAGGCCGGUCGCGGUCCGGUGUUGGGGCCUAUGGUCUAUGGUAUAGCCUACUGUCCCAUUUCUUUCAAAACGCGUCUUGCCAAAGUUGGUUUCGACGACUCUAAAGUGUUGACUGCUGAACGCCGAGAGGAAUUAUUGCAGCAAGUGUGUACGUCCCCUGAACUACAGGACAAUGUUGGCUGGGCCACAACCAUCAUGACCGCAGUCGACAUUUCAGCGGGGAUGCUCAAACCAGGCAUGCCCUAUAACCUAAACGAGCAGGCGCAUGACACAACGAUGGACCUGAUCCAAAAAGUGCUCGAUGCCGGAAUUGAAGUAGCGGAAAUUUAUGUCGAUACGGUUGGCCCACCUGACAAGUACCAGCGCAAACUGAGCGCACGGUUCCCCGGUCCCAUAAUAACCGUUGCCAAAAAAGCCGACUCGAAGUACCCUAUCGUAAGCUGUGCAUCGAUCUGCGCGAAAGUCACACGAGAUUUUUCACUACAAGCUCAAGUAACAAACUGCGGCUCGGGUUAUCCCUCUGAUCCGAAUACAGUGAGAUGGUUGAACGAUAAUGUGGACAAGCUGUUCGGCUGGGGCCCGCUUGUCCGCUACUCCUGGGCCACUGCACGGGACCUGCUGGAUAAAAAGGGCAUUUUAGUAGACUGGCCGGAAGAAGCAGAGUACGGGAACCUCAACGCAUCGAAGGGACUACCAAAAAUAGGCCUGGACUAUUUCUUAGCAUAA